ACCCCGGUAGCUUUCAUCUCACCUGAAGGCUUCCUGAUGUUUCGUUGUGAAUAGAAGCACCUUAACAGCGGAUAACAGCUCUUUCUCUCGCUAAAUUUGACGUUAGCCCAGCCGUUCGUUGCCAUUAGGCGGCUAGCUAGCUAGCUAGCUAGCUAACAAGCUACCUGUCACAGCUGCCAUGGUUGACGUCAGCAGACAAACUUCUGACUGACCGGUGCUGCUGCUGUUGCUCGACUAGAAAACAUCCACUUUAUGAGGGAGUCACAUCUCUGCUGCAGGUCUCAAGAUGAGGAGGCUGACGAAGAAGAAGGCUCUGACUCUGGUGAAGGAGCUGGACGCUUUUCCUAAAGUUCCUGAGAGCUACGUGGAGUCCACAGCCAGCGGUGGGACAGUGUCUCUGAUAGCUUUCACUCUCAUGGCUGUCCUUGCCUUCCUGGAAUUCUUUGUGUACAGAAACACAUGGAUGAAGUACGAGUAUGAGGUGGAUAAAGAUUUCAGCAGUAAACUGAAGAUAAAUGUGGACAUCACAGUUGCCAUGAGAUGUCAGUAUAUAGGAGCAGAUGUGUUGGAUCUGGCAGAGACGAUGGUCGCCUCCGAUGGCUUAAAAUAUGAACCAGUCAACUUUGAGCUCUCACCACAGCAAAGAUUGUGGCAGAUGACUCUUCUGCACAUCCAGGAGCGUCUGAGAGUGGAGCACUCUCUGCAGGAUUUACUCUUCAAGGCUGCAAUAAAAGGAGCUCCUCCCGCUCAGACUCAGAGCGAGGACAGCUCCACUUCCCUUAGUGCCUGCAGGAUACACGGACAUCUGUAUGUCAACAAGGUGGCGGGAAAUUUCCACAUAACUGUUGGCAAGUCCAUCCCACACCCCAGAGGCCAUGCCCACCUCGCUGCCCUAGUCAGCCAUGAUUCUUUUAACUUUUCUCACCGGAUUGACCACCUGUCCUUUGGAGAGGCCAUCCCUGGACUUAUCAGCCCUUUGGAUGGCACGGAGAAAAUCUCUGCUGACUCAAACCACAUGUUUCAGUAUUUCAUCACCAUCGUGCCCACCAAGCUGAACACCUACAAAGUUUCUGCAGAAACACAUCAGUACUCAGUCACCGAACAGGAGCGAGUGAUCAACCAUGCUGCAGGCAGCCAUGGAGUCUCAGGGAUCUUUAUGAAAUACGACAUCAGCUCGCUCAUGGUCAAAGUCACGGAGACGCACAUGCCCCUCUGGCAGUUUCUCAUCAGACUCUGCGGCAUCGUCGGAGGCAUUUUCUCCACCACAGGCAUGAUCCACGGCAUGGUCGGGUUCUUGGUCGACGUAGUUUGCUGUCGCCUCCAAAUGGGAAUCUACAAACCGCUUAAUAUGACUCCUCUGGAUGAGCAGGAAAACAGUGAAACUCCGCUUCCUACAGAAAACUACACUCAGUAAUGAGGCAACAACAGCUGCUCGUGAUCUUGGCCUCACCCACAGAUGGCAAGGAGAUGCUGGGGAAAUGUUUACAAGUAGUUUCAGAAAUAUGUAACAUUUUUUACCUUUUUUUUUAUAUGAGGUGGGAGGAAGAUUCAGAUCUGACUGUUCAUCCACCUCCGAAGAACUGUAAUCAAUACCUCCUCUAGUUGCGUCACCGUCACUGAAAAACAGAAAUGAUUUCUUCAUUAUUUUAGAUCCGGACGACAGCGGUACCUGCAGACCCAUCACACACCUACACAGUUUCACCUAUUUUGGCUAAUUCGACCUCUUUGUAGCGGUGCACUGUGCGCUUAAUUGGCACCUCCCUGACCGAUUAGUUUCACAGUUCUUUGAAAUGGUUCGAUGACCUCCAGAAAAUCUCUGCUGACUGGACUUCUAAUCAGCGCAAAUCAAGGGAAAGCCUGUGUGAGUGUGCAGCGACUUUAAAGUGAAAUUGCGUGAAAAGACUGGAAAGGUGUGUCAAUGAUUGUUGAAAUGAGGAGACUGAUGUGUUGAUUAAAAUCCAUUUUUUCCACUUGA